AUGUCAGGCAGGCGUCUGCUGGACACUGUCCAGUUCCUCAAUGUCUCCAAGACAAUUGCUUUGAAACAUCUAGGCAUCCGACAACGCCAGCUUGAUGUCUAUACUCGAACUUCCUCCCUCACCAAGGGUAUCAAGGCUCAAACUGAUGGGUUGAUCCUGACCGCACAAGCCGCUGCCGCUUUGGCUCGUCGGUUCGAUGACUCGCCACCAACCCCAUCUUCCUCUCCCUCCCCUUCGUCGCCGAGUACCGCAUCCCCCGAAGCUUCGGCCAACUCCUCCAACCCCCAGACCUCCACUGCAACCUCAACCCCUGAGAAUGCAGCUGCCACUGGAACCUUGCAGCCUGAGGCUGAAGCUCAAUUUCAGAUCCCGGCUUCGGCCGCCCAAUAUACUGGCACUGAGACGCAGACACCAAGUGGUCUGAACGUCAGCCAACAACAAGAUGUCUUUUACGAACCCUCGCAGACCUCGAAUACUUCCGAUCUAUCCGGACUCCCCCCGAGCCUGAAUGCCGACGUCUUUCAUUCCGCCGAUCGCCCGGAAAAGUCGGCAUCGGCGGAGGUGGAGUCACAACAGAGUGAGAUCCCGGAUGGAAUGGUCGAAGGUCUAUUCCACUCCCCGAGAGUCUCUCGUAUGCUUGCUGGCAAAUCGAAGCCGAAACGAGACUGGAUUCCUGCGACAAAGCCCGAUGACGUGCCAAGGAAAACUGCGGAGGCCGAGAGUCUCAAGGCCCAUGACAUCCCAGAACUGUUACAGGAACUGGACGCCGCUGGAUAUCGCGCUACUACUACUACCGAACCCACUGCGUCAUCACCUGGCGCCGCACCCACUCCGAUCCCCACCCCCGAGGGGCUCGGGGAGGCGAUCGGAGAAAAGGCCCAGGCCGUCCCAUAUCAGAUGAUGGAGUCUCGCGUUCCAUCAUCUCGAUUCGCUCGAAUGUGGCAAUAUGGCGGGCUAGCAACCUCAAUGGCAUUCGGUGCCGUCGGCGAGACCCUCCGCCGAGCAACAGGCAGCCAAGACAACGGUUCAUCAAUCAUGUUCAGCGCAGGCAACACAGAACGAAUGGUCGCCAAGCUAUCCAAAAUGCGCGGCGCAGCUCUGAAGCUAGGCCAAAUGCUCAGUAUCCAAGACUCAAACAUGCUCCCUGAGCCCAUCCAGCAGGUCCUCCAGCGCGUUCAAGACCGCGCAGACUACAUGCCCGCGUCCCAGCGAGAUAAGGUCCUAGCGGAUAACUUGGGUCCCAACUGGCGAGACCUCUUCACCUCCUUCAACGAGAUCCCCAUGGCCGCCGCAUCCAUCGGCCAAGUCCACUCCGCCGUCCUCAAAUCCACCGGCAAACCCGUCGCCGUAAAAGUCCAAUACCCCGGCGUCGCAGACUCAAUCGACUCAGACCUGAACAACCUCUCCAUCCUACUGACAGCCUCCCGCCUCCUCCCCCGCGGCCUCUACCUAGACAAGACAAUCGCCAACGCCCGCACAGAACUCGCCUGGGAAUGCGACUACAUCCGCGAAGCCGCCGCCGCAUCCCGCUUCCGCACCCUCCUCGCCAACGACCCGGUCUUCGUCGUGCCCGAGAUCUACCCCGAAGCCUCAGGCAAACAAGUCCUAACAAUGGAACUACUCUCCGGCGUCGCCGUGACCAAAAUCCAAGAUUUCUCCCAGGACCAAAGAGACUGGAUAGGCACCCAACUAAUGCGCCUAUGUCUGCGCGAAAUCGCCGAAUUCCGCUACAUGCAGACAGACCCCAACUGGACCAAUUUCCUAUACAACGCCUCGACGAAUCGCCUCGAAUUACUCGAUUUUGGCGCUAGUCGCGAGUAUCCGGCCGAGUUUAUUAGUACGUAUGUGCAGACGCUGAUUGCUGCGUCCCGUGAUGAUCGCGAUGCUUGUAAGAAGCUUAGUACGCAGAUGGGAUAUCUUACGGGAUAUGAGUCCGAGGCGAUGGCCGAAGCGCAUGUUUCUUCGCUUGUGACGAUUGCGGAGCCGUUUAUGUUGGAUGCGCCGGAUUUGUAUGAUUUCCGGGAUCAGAGUAUUACGGAGAGGGUGCGCGGGUUUAUUCCCAUUAUGCUUAGGGAGAGGUUGAGUCCGCCGCCUGAGGAGACGUAUAGUCUGCAUCGGAAGUUGAGUGGGGCUUUCUUGCUUUGUGCUAGGUUGGGGAGUCGGGUUCCUUGUAAGGAGUUGUUUGAUGGGAUUGUGAGGAAGGCGGGGGAGGAGGGGGUGGAUAAGAAGAUGUGA